CUACACACACUGGUUCAAGCAAUCUCGGCUGUAGCCCAGCAGCCUCACGAAGGGAGGGUGUGCAUGCCGCUCUCACGAAAGGCGAUCGCUGAACAAUCCAUCGGGACCAGCGGACACCGCCAAGCGGAAGACGCUCGGACAGCGAACUAUGGUCUGACCGGGCUAUCCAAUGGGUUGCCUUCGUCGGGCAUAUCAGAGACUUCUGGCGACUGGAGCUACAGUGUACCCUCGGUGUCCUACAGCUUCGGUCAGAAUUCGGAUAACCCUCUCGGGCGACGGACGUCGGAGCGCACCGACGACUCCGAGUUUUCCACUUCGUUCUCGGGCACGCCCUACGGGCGGCAGCAGUUCGAGUUCCCCGACGACUCCGAGUUCUCCCACGACGCGACAUCGUUUACGCAGUCGGGGAGUGGCUUGAUGCCGUGGGAGCGCUCCGACGACCCUGACGUUCCCCGCGUCGCGGCGUCGCUUCCACCGCUGGCGGCGCCCAUUGGGCGCCCGGUGCCACUCGGCGAGAGGAGCCCUCCCGGUGGACGGGCGCCGACGCCAAUGGGCGAAAGGUCGUCUGCUCAGAAGGUUCUGGUCUCCGCCAUGAGCUGGGGCCGGGUAGUCAGCCACGAGUCCGUGAUGGCGAAGGCGGCGGAGCAAAGCCAGGAGCAGGUGCGCAGGCGAAAGGCAAAGCGGGGACGGGAGACGGUCAAGGAGGGUUCCCGCCUCCUUCUCGCGUCGACGAUGAUCUACGGCGUUGGAAGGCUGGUCGAGCUCAUCCUCCGCGGCUUCGACGGGAGUCAGGGUUGCCCGUUGCUCUGGCGUGGGGGCAAGGUGCCACAGGACGAGGCCCACACGCUGACGAGCCUGGUGGCCGAGGCCUGCACGCUGCUGGCGGGCUGCCUCAUGGCCGCCUGCGGGCUGCGCCGCCCGAGGCUCUGCGCCCACUACGGCACGCUGCUGGCGCUCGGGCUCUACGCGGCGGCCUUCCCGCUCCUACCCACGGAGCCUUCGUGUGACGAUCAGUGGCGUUACCUGCAGUGCGCGAAGGGCAAGGACUGGUGGCGAGCCGACAGGCAGGGCUGCGGCCCGCAGGGCCUCACGGCCUCGGUGAUGUGCAUGGUCAUAGUCUGUAUGUCUCCGCACAUAGUGCCCGAGCUGAAGCCGAUGCUACUGUUCGUAGCUCUCUGUGUGGCGGCAUACCUCGCGGCGUCUGCAAUGUACCUCAAUGCGACCGAGCUCGGUUAUUACACUUGGGGGGACUUACUGGCAGUUGUCGUGCUGCUCGGUGCCGCCACCGUGAUAGCGGCCUACAGGAAGUACAAGAUGGACGUACAGCAGCAGUACGCGGACUUGCUCUACCAUGAAAAGUCUGAUGCGACUAGAAAGCUCCUCGACUUGCUCCAGGAUUUCCUUCCGGACCACAUUAUAUCUCGAAUGUUGAAGCUCCCGAGCGCCACCAUCGCAGAUCAGAUCCCAAAGGCGUCCGUGCUGUUCCUAGUGAUUUCAGACUUCGAGGGUCACAUGAGACGGCAGACGCCGGAUCAGCUCCUGGACUUUCUGAACACCCUAUUCGGCAAGAUCGACCGUAUAUGCUUCGACUGCCAGGUGACAAAGAUCGAGACGGUGGGCGAGGAAUACGUCGCUGCCGUCGGCGUGAAGCCAGAGGACUAUGAAAACGGUGUUGAAAAGCACGAGGACGUUUUAAUCCGCCUCAUCGUGGCGGCGCUGGGCAUAUUCGAUGUGCAGGAGGGCAAACCGGAUGACGUCCUGACCAACGUCAAGUUCAGAAUGGGCUUGCACACUGGCCCUGUCGUCGCCGGCGUGAUCGGUCAGAAGCUGCCGAGAUUCCGCCUGUUCGGCGACACGAUGAACACCGCUGCCAGGAUGAUGCAGAAGGGGGUCGACGGCGAGCUCCAGUUCGGGGAGGAGACCCGGGCGUGCAUGCCCAGCUGGGCGCAGUGCCGUUCGAGGGGAAAGGUCGAUAUGAAGGGAAAAGGCCAGGUGGACGUGUAUCUUCUGGACAGGUCGGGCGGGGACUCUGAGAAGAAAGUCUGGGAGCAGAUCCGCUCUUACGGACUCCGCAAGUCCAGGCGGUGCAGUUUGGACAGCAUCAUGUCGGUCGGCAGCCAUGGUUCCCACGAGCGGCAUCGCGCGGAGCCAGAGGAUCUAGUGAUUGGUGCCAACAGUACUUUCACGAUGACCCGCUCGGACUCGAAGCUUGGACAGCUGCUGGCGUCUGGUGUCCGCGGCGGUCCGCUCGGCGGCGAGGAGGGCAACAUCGAUUGGCUACGAGAGUUCUACCACUUCCGCUUGGCGAGCCACCUGGGGCGGCGUUCGGAUCGCCUAGCCAUCGUGUUUAUUGCGCUCACUGCGGUCGAGGCUCUUUCGGCAGAAUUGCUGCAGCCUCACAUGGGGGACUUAUUUGGCGUGAGGCGAGUCUGGAUGUUUCUGGCCUUGCGCGCAGUGGUGCUCGCGCUGAUAUUCCGGUGGCGCGUCUUCGCGCAGAACAAGGACUGGAUCUUCAUGGAUCCGACGACGGCGGAGCUUUGGGGGUUGGCGCACGCGUGCGCUCUGCUGAUUCUGCAAUUUACAGCGUACGCCCUUCUCGCUGUGCCCCUCGUCGACGAGACCAGCAUCGACUUGAGCGCCUCGCAGGCCAGGGCCAGGCUGCUGAGAGAGCCCCUCAGGACACCCCUGUGGAAGCUGAUGUUUCUCCUGUGGUACGGGGUGAGCGUGAUGGACAUACAGCUGCGGCAGAUGCCCACAGUCUACUUCGUGUCUUUCUCGUUCCUAGCGCCGCUCGUCCUUUCUGCUGCGUGUCCAGUGUUUCGCGGCCUCGCAAGCGCCGUGCAGCUUGUCAGCAUGCUCAUCAUGGGCCUGGUGGGCAUCCAGAUUGCUGGCGCAGACGAGCAUCACGAUAGAGAGCGAUACAAUGCGGAGAAGCAACUCAAAGCCGCGCAGCAGCGCAUGGACUCAAUCUUGAGCCAGUUGGUCCCCCCCUUGGUGGCAAGCGAGCUGAGCAAACGGCAGGCCUCCCAGAGUGCGAACAUUUUGCACCGUGGUUUGGGGUGUUCCCACUCUUACCCGCAAGCCACCAUCGCCUGCUCGGACCUUGUGGGCUUCACGGCGCUGGCAAGCACGCGUACAGCCACGGAGGUCGUUGAGAUGGUCAGCGACCUUUUUGGGCGCUUCGAUCGGCUGAGUGACGUCUACAGAAUCUGCAAGAUAGAGACGGUCGGCGACGCCUACAUUGCUGGCCAGGCGGUCCGACCGCUCACUUCGAUCUAUAAGCCCAUCAGCGUGCUCAUCUUCGCGGUCGAGAUCAUAGAAACCGUAAAGAGAUGGUCGCGUGAGAGAGUCAUCCCCCUCGAUUGCCGGGUUGGCGUCCACACUGGUGCGUGCGUCGGCGGUGUCGUCGGCGUGGAGAUGAAGCGGUACCACCUCUUCGGCCACCUGCUGUCGGCACUGGAGCUGCUGGAGGCCACCGCCCCGACGGGACAGGUCCACCUGAGCGGCGCGUGCCAGCGGGCCGCGGAGGCGCAGGCCGCCGCGGAGGGGCUCUGCGACGACGCCGUGGUCUGCUCCCCCAGGGCGGAUCCCGUCCUCACCACGUCGAAGGGGGACCCGGUGUCAUACCAGGACAUCGGGGGCGCGCCAACCUUUGUCGUGCAGCGCUGCAGCCCCGAGCUGUACGACCCCCUGGCCAAGACCGAGUUGGACAAGGAAGACGAGAUCCUGACUGAGGCACUCAAGUACAUAGGGCGGGGAUUCGACAUCUCGAUCUCCCGAUAUCUGGGGCGGGGCCAGGCGGGGACAGCGAGCCAUGCUCCGAGCAUGCUGCCCUUUGAGCCGCCGCGGUCAGAGCUCGCAGACCGCUCACGCGGCCUGGGCAGCAGCACACUCUCGGUGACCCUGAGGGGCGCGCCGGCUGGAAGCACAUCUUGGUUGGCGUUGCGCGACUCGUCGAGGGGCGCCUCCCGCAUGUCCAACGCUACGCGCAGGAUAGACGCCGCCUCGUACACCCUGGACGACGCUCUGUGGUGGGGCUCCGACCCUGCGGUGGGGUCCGCUGAGAGCGACGCGACGAUGUCCCGCGUGACGUCGUCCCAUGUCACGUCGUCCCACGUCACGUCCCGCAACACGACGAUGUCGUAUACGAAUCAGUCGGAGAUUUCCCUUGGGCAGAGGCCGUGGAUGGGCCCGCAGGAGUCUGAGGUUUCUCGCGUCUCGUCGGUAUCGCAGUCGGAGACGCCCGUCGAGCAGCGCCCGUCCCUCUUCUCGAACUGCGGCACCUCUUCGCGGCCCUCGGGGGCGCGGUCACACGUCAGCGAGAGGUCGUCCGUUCAGAAGGUCUUGCUCUCCGCCAUGCGCUGGGGCCGGGUGGUCAGCAACGAGUCCGUCAUGGCGAGAGCGGCGGUGCAGAGCGAGCAGCAGCUGCGCAUGCGAUCCCAGAGACGGGCCCGGGAGACGGUCGUGGAGGGCUCCUGGCUCCUGCUCGCGUGGAUGAUGAUUUAUGGGGUUAUGAGGGUGGUCCAGAUCUUGAGUCGUGGCUUUGACCAGGGCCAGGGGUGCCCGUUGCUGUGGCGCGGGGGCGAGGCGCCGCAGGGCAGGGGCCACACGUUGGCGAGCCUGGCGGGCGAGGCCUGCACCUUGCUGGCGGUCGGCCUGCUGGCCGCCGUGGGGCUGCUCCGGCCUGACCUCCGCGCCCACUACUGCGUCUUGCUCACGCUCGGGCUCUACGUAGUGGCGUUCCCGUUCCUGCCCUCGGAGCCCUCGUGCGACGAUCUAUGGCGCUAUCGGCAGUGCGCGGUGGGCAAGGACAAGUGGCGGACUGACGUGCAAGGCUGCGGCCCACAGGGCAUGUCGUCCUCAGUGAUGGCCGUGUCCCUAGUUUGCAUGUCUCCGCACAUAGUGCCCGAGCUGAAACCAAUGCUACUGUGUGUGACUCUAUUUAUUGCGGGAUACCUCGCGGCGUCAGCAAUCUACCUCUACGCGACCGAGUUGGGAUAUUAUACGUGGGUGGAUGUGAUGGUUGACAUCGUGCUGCUCGGUGCCGCCACCGUGAUAGCUGCCUACAGGAAGUACAAGAUUGAGGUGCAGCAGCAGUACGCGGACUUGCUCUACCAUGAAAAGUCUGAUGCCACUAGAAAGCUCCUCGACUUGCUCCAGGAUUUCCUUCCAGACCACAUGAUCUCACAAAUGUUGAGGCUCCCGAGCGCUACCAUCGCAGAUCAGAUCCCAAAGGCUUCCGUGCUGUUUCUAGUGAUUUCGGACUUCGAGGGUCACAUGAGGCGGCAGACUCCGGAUCAGCUCUUGGACUUCCUGAACACCCUCUUCGGCAAGAUCGACCGUAUAUGCUUCGACUGUCAGGUGACAAAGAUCGAGACGGUGGGCGAGGAAUACGUCGCUGCCGUCGGCGUGAAGCCAGAGGACUAUUCUCAUGGGGCUGGCCAGCACGAGGCCGUGCUAAAUCGCCUCAUCGUGGCGGUGCAGGGCAUAGUUAUGGCGCAGGAGGGCGACCCGGGCGAGCUCCUGACCAACGUCAAGUUCAGAAUGGGCCUGCACACUGGCCCUGUCGUCGCCGGCGUGAUCGGGCAGAAGCUGCCCAGGUUCCGCCUGUUCGGCGACACAAUGAACACUGCCGCCAGGAUGAUGCAGAUGGGGAUCGACGGCGAACUCCAGUUCGGGGAGGAGACCCGGAUGUGCAUGCCGAGCUGGGCGCGGUACCGUUCGAGGGGAAAGGUCGAGAUGAAGGGAAAGGGCCAGGUGGACACGUACCUCCUGGACUGGUUGAGCGGCGAAGAUUCCGGGAGGAUUGCAUGGGAACAGUUUCGCUCUUACGGGCUCCGCAAGUCCAGGCGGGGCAGUCUGGACAGCAUCAUAACGGUCAGUAGCCAGGACUCCGACGUUCGGCAUAGCGUGGAGCUGGAGCUUACAGUGACUGGCCGCACUGGCACUUCUACCUUGACCAGCUUGGUCUCGUUCUAUUUGAGGAGGCUCGGACACAGGCUGGUGAGUUUUGCACGCGGCGGACCGCUCGGCAUUGACGAGGGCGACAUCGAAUGGCUUCGGGAGUUCUACGGCUUCCGCUUUGCGAGCCACUUGGGGCGGCGUUCGGACCGUCUCGCUAUCGUAUUGAUUGUGCUCACUGCGGUGGAGGCUGUUUCGGCGGAGUUGCUGCAGCCUCGGAUGGGUGAGGUGUUCGGCGUGAGGCGUAUCUGGAUGUUCGUGGUCAUGCGCGCCAUGCUGCUGGCGUUGAUCUUCCUGUGGCGCCUCGUCGCGCAGAAGAAGGACUGGAUCCUCACGGCGCCGACGACAGCGGAAUCGUGGCGGUUGGCGCACGCCUGCGCUCUGCUGGUUCUGCAGUUUACAGCGUAUGCACUUCUCGCCGCGCCCCCCGUCCACGAAGUCAGCCUCGACUUGAACGCCUCGCAGGCCAGGGACAAGAUGCGGAGGGAGCCCCUCAGGACACCCUUGUGGCAGUUGAUGUUCUUCCUGUGGUACGCGGUGAACGUGAUGGGCUUACAGUUUCGGAGAGGGCCCACAAUCUGUUUCGUGACCUUCUCGUUGGCUUCGCCGCUUAUCAUUUCUGCUGCUUGUCCUGACGUUCGCAACCUCGCGAGCGCUGUGCAGCUCGUUGCAAUGCUCAUAAUGGGCCUGGUGGGCAUCCAUCUCGCGGGCGCAGAUGAGCAUCAAGAUAGAGAGCGAUAUCAUGCGGAGACGCAAGUGAAGUCUGCGCAGCACCGCAUGGACUCGAUCUUGAGCCAAUUGGUGCCCCCCUUGGUGGCAAACGAGCUGAGCAAACGAAGGGCCUCCCAGAGCGCUAAUAUUUUGCACUGGGGCUUGGGGUGUUCACACUCUUACCAGCAAGCCACCAUCGCCUGCUCGGACCUCGUGGGUUUCACGGCGCUGGCAAGCACGCGCACAGCCACGGAGGUCGUGGAGAUGGUCAGCGACCUUUUUGGGAGAUUCGACAGGCUCAGUGACAUUUACAGCAUCUGCAAGAUAGAGACCGUCGGCGACGCCUACAUUGCUGGCCAGGCGGUCCGUCCGCUCACAUCGGUCUAUAGGCCCAUCAGCGUGGUCGUCUUCGCGGUCAAGAUUAUAGAAGCCGUAAGGAGUUGGUCGCGUGAGAGAGACACACCUCUCGAUUGCCGGGUCGGCGUCCACACUGGUCCGUGCGUCGGCGGUGUCGUUGGCGUGGAGAUGAAGCGGUAUCAUUUGUUCGGCCCUUUGAUGUCGGUCUUGGAGUUGCUGGAGUCCACCGCCCCGACUGGGCAGGUGCACCUGAGCAGAGCAUGCCAGACGGCCGUGGAGCAGCAGGCCUCUGCGGAGGGGCUCUGCGACGAGGUCGUGGUCUGCUCUCCCAGGCUGGAGCCCGUCCUGAAUACAUCAAAAGGGGAUCCGGUGAUGUACCAGGACAUAGGGGGCGGGCCAACUUUUGUGGUGCAGCGCUGCACCCCUGAGCUGUACGACCACGAAGCCAACUUUGAGCGGGUCAAGCUGAAUAUGUCGUCGACACACCGCAGCUUGCACUCUGCCAGAACCCACACCCAGCUCGAAGCAUGCACGACCUGCGCGGCCCCGAGCGACCGAACCAUGUCCAUCUGA